UUUCUCUGUAUAAGUAGUGAAUGCUGUUGGUGGGACUGUGAACCAAUAUAAUCACUCUGGAGAGCAACAUGGAACCAUGCUCAAAAGGCCAUAAAAUUAUGCCUACUCUUUGACACAGUGAUAUCACUACUGGAUCUAUAUCUCAAAGAUCAGAGAUAAGGUAAAGGACCUACUUUUACAAAAAUAUCUUCAGCAGCUCUUUUUGUAGUGGCAAAGAAUUAGAAAAUGAAGGGUUGUCCAUCACUUGGGGAAUGAAUGAACAAGUUGUGGUAUAUGGUUGUAAUGGAAUACUAUGGCACCAUAAGAAAUGACAAAUAGGAUGAGUUCAGAAAAACAUGCAAAGACUUAUAUGAACUGAUGCAAAAUGAAGUGAGUAGGACCAGGAAAAUACUAUAUGCAGUAACAGAAAUAUUAUACUAGGAGCAUCUUUGAAGGACUAAACCAUUACCAGCAAAGCAAAUUUCCAAGAUAACCACAAAAUGUUCUCCACAGCCAAAGAAGAAACUGUCAGAGAGUCAGUGUGGCUCAGUGGAUUGAGAGCCAGGCCUAGAGACUGGAGGUCCUAGGUUCAAAUCUGCCCUCAGGCACUUCCCAGCUAUGUGACCCUGGGCAACUCACUUCACCAUCAUUGCCUAGCCCUUACUACUCUUCUGCCUUGGAACUAAUACACAAUAUUGAUUCUAAGACAGACUAUAACGGUUUUUUUUAAAAAAAGAAUGUCACAACAUUUGUACAACCCAGUGGAAUUGCUUGUCGGCUCUGGGAGCUGGGAGGGAAGAGGGGAGGAAAAUAAAAUGAAUCACAUAAACAUGUAAAAAUAGUCUAAAAAAUAAACAAAUAAAUAAAAUAAAGGAAGACAGACUAGAAGAAAAAAAAGAAAUGGUCAGAGUCUGAUUACAGUCUAAUUUACUGCCUUGGGGAGGGGGGGGGUGAGAAUAUCUGAAUCUUAAAAUAUCAGGAAAAAAGUGUGAAAAAUUGUUUCUACAUGUAAUUAAACAAAUAAUUUAAAUGAAAAGUUUUUGAAAGCGAACGAAUGAUAAUUCUAUGUAGUUCAAAUAAGAUGGUUGUUGUCCUUUGUACCUGAAGAGGAUGAAAAUGACAUCUUUGAUUAAGUCUUUUAACUUGAGUAUAAAUUGGAUUUAAAUGAGGCAGAGUUGCAUAGUUAUCCAGCUCAUUCUCUCAAAGUCCAGUGGCAAGACAAAAGUCAGGAUGGCUGGGGAUGACUCAGGAUGAAAUGGAUGACCUUGGCUUUUUCCAUGUCUAAACAAGCUCUAAGGUCUCUCUACCAUGCUUGCUUCAGCCAUCUUCAUGGCCAUUGGAACAAACUGUUCUCAUCCCGCCCAUUCUACCUGAGGAAGUCUUCACGUGCCUAGGGUAAACACUCACCCUUACUCACUGAUGGAUUUUUGGACUAUUGGUUACCCUCAAUCUAGACUAUCCCAUCUGCUGAGACAAUUUUACUGGGUUAUGGGCAUUGCACAUGCUCCAGCUUCUUGGGGCCAUGAGUGAGAGCUAGGAGGCAGGUCGACUAAAGGAGGAUAAAAAGCUCUGAAAGGAUUCAGCAAGCUCUCACACUAGUCUCCCUUGAAUACUUGAAUAUUUGUAAACUAGAAAGUGCUUUAUAAAUUUAAAGUGUUACUACAGAUGAAUGAACUCCUAGACUCAAAGAAUGUCAUGGCCAGAAGAAACAUCAGUCUAGCCCAUUCAUUUUACAGAUGAGGAAACUGAGCUCUAGAAGAAACCAGUAAUAUACACACUGGUACAUACCUGUCUUAUCCUUUUAGUGCCCUGGAAGCUUCACAAUGAUGGGGACAAAAUCACAUUCAUCACAUUCAUCCCUCCCCGAUACUAUACAAGCAUAAAGUCUUGCACAAACUGAUACCAGAGCAGCUCAAUCAGUCACCCAAUAAACAUUCAUUAAGCAUUUAUUAUAUGCCAAAUCCUUUGCUAAGCACUAGAGAUUUAAAGAAUGGCAAAAACAGUAGCUGAGUGAUAAAGUAAGGUCUCCUGGCUAGUCUAGGAUUCCUUCCACCAAACCACCUCUCAGAAUUCUUCCCUUUGCUAAGGAAAGAGGACAGGAGGAAAACUUAUGAAAUGAAUCUAAGAAGCAUGGUUAAGAUGUUAGAUCACAUAAUUAGGAUCCCAAAAUACUUCAACAGGCUACAAUAGUGUGCUGAGAUUAAAAAAGAUGAUGGUCGAAGCUAGGUGGCUCAGUGGAUUGAGAGCCAGGCCUAGAGAUAGGAGGUUCUGGGUUCAAAUUGUCCUCAAACACUUUCUAGGUAUGUAACCAUGGACAAGUUGCUUAACCCCCAUUGCCUAGCCCUUAUAAUUUUCCUUCUUUGGAACCAAUAUGUAGUAUUGAUUCUAACAUGGCAGGUAAAGUUUAAAAAAGAAAAAAUGAAGUUUGUGUGAAAAAACAACAACAAAAACCCUAAACACAAGCUAUGAUUGAAGGAGGGUUGUUCAUGGACCCUAGAUUCAAAAUGAAUAGUGUGAAAUGGCCAUCAAAAAAGCUAGUGUUAUUACUAGCUUGCUUUGGAAUAGGUAUAGAAUCCAGAAAGAAUGAGAUGCCAAAUCUGUCCCAAGGCAUGCUUAUCUGACCAGAUUGGGAGGAGAGUUUGAAGUUCUGGGCACCAGAUUAUCAGGGAACAUUGACAAAAUGAAAUAAGGUCCAGAACAGGUGAUUAGGUUGGUGAGGAGACAAGAUCUUUUGAAGACAGUGUGACUAUUUAGCAGAAUGGUUCUUUUGUGGAUUGAGAAUUAAUUUGUUCUGCUUGAUCCUGGGAGAAAGGGGGGGGGGGGCUGGGAGCAAUGGAAAUUGCAAAGACAAAUAUUGUUAGAAAAUGUUAGAGAAAAAAUGUUUAACUAAUUAGAGCUGCACCAAAAUUAAAUGGGUUGCCUUGAGAUGGAUUCCCCUAUACUGGAGAUUUUCAAGUAGAGAAUAAAUGACCACUUGUUUUAGAAAUGAUAGGAGUUCUUGUCACAAAAGGAUUGGACCACAUCCUCUGAAGUCCCUUCUAAAUUCAAAUUCUGAGAUUCUGUAUUCCUUCUAAAGGAGGAAACAGAUGAGCUGCCCAAAAAAGGUUUCCAAAUGCAGAGUUGAGAAAUAGGACUAAACUGCGCUUAGGGGGAUCUAUAGAGUCCUCAGGGAAGGGAACCCAGUUCCUUCGUCCAAUCUUUUCCGCUCUAUAACUUCACCUCUUUCCCUACAUCCCAGAGGAACCAGAGGGUUGGGUCUGCACCUGCGAGGAGGAGGGGUGCUUAGCUCGGGACUCAGCAUCUGCCUCUCGGCGUUUCUCUUUUGGCUGGAAAAUCAAACCGGUUCAGUCUGUUUCUCAGCCAAUCCAGGAAGAGAUGGUGCCCUUUCGGGCCAAUGACUGUUGAAAGUGCUAAUGAGCUGGUGACGCAAGCGAGGAAGUCCCUGGUUCAAAAAGGAGAAACUAUUGUAAGUUCCUUUCUCCGGUUGUCUCCCUCCCUUCUUCUCUCCCUCCCCUUUUUCUCGCUCUUCUCUCUCUCUUCUCUUCUCCCUCCCUCCUCCCCAUCCUUUCGCUCUUCUCCUCUCCCCGGGGUGGGGUUUGGAACGUUUCGGAUUGUUUGGAACCUGGAGACCCUCGCUGCUGGCCCAUGGCUGUGAUCGCUUCUGAGCGUGGCCGGUCACUAUCCGCAGCCCCAGAGCAGGAAUUCAGCACCGAGGGGCUACCCCGGGCCUUUCUGCAGAGCCUUCGUACCCUCUUCGACAUUCUAGAUGAUCGACGGCGGGGCUAUGUCCACCUCCUGGAGAUUGAGUCCCGAUGGCAAGGAGCGGACACGCGAGAGCUCCCAAGGGGUGUGCUGGAAGGUUUGAGGAAGGUUGCCCCAGCCAGCGGGUACCUGACCUUCGAGAGGUUUGUAGUAGGGCUGAGGACUUCGCUGUUGAGUGCUGAGAAUGGGGCCCCCCAUGCCAGAGCCCCGCCGGGGUCGCGGGGCCAGGCAUACCAAGCCAAACUGCUCCCCACGGGUCUCGGGAAUUGCAAGGCUAGUGCGGGCCAGGCUCGGGGCAAACUGGCCCCUGAGAAGCACCACCAGCGGCUCAUCUUCACACCCGCAGACGAGCCUCGGACGCUGCUGGAGAAGAAACCUUUGUCUUUGGGAGUUCGUUAUCCCCAUGCGGGGUCAAGCUGCUCCUCCCGUAGCUUGGAGAAGCUCUCCAGCCCUCAGGAAGCUGGGUGUUACCCGGGGGAUUUGGAGCGGCCCAUGAGCCAGGCUCCUCAGAGCCCCGGAGGACAGAUCCUGGAGCGAAGUCUUAGUGGAGAUGCAGGCACUGAUGUCCGGACUAUGGGACGAUGUCAAAGUGAAAGCUGUACUACAGGUGGGUCUGGGAGGCACCCGAGGGGCCGGGGAGAGCAGCGGCGGCAUACCAUCACCAAUGGAGUGGACUAUGACAUGCUAAAGCAGAUGAAGGAGCUGGAACAGGAGAAAGAUGCACUCCUCCAAGGCUUGGAGAUGAUGGAUCGAGGACGGGACUGGUAUCACCAACAGCUCCACUGGGUACAGGAGCGACAGCGCCACUUAACCAAGAACAAGAAGAGCACAGAAUUCGGGGCUGAGGGGAGCUCUAGCCCACUGGGCCAGCUGUUGCCCAAACUACAGGAAGUUAUCCGGUGCCUGGGGGAGCUCUUAGCUGCUGCCUGUGCUGGAAGGGUCCAGACUGUUCCCAGUCCGGUCUCUUCCACCCCCGCCAUAUCCCCUGUCUCUGGGAGACAUCAACAGACCAUCCUCAUGCUGAAGGAACAAAACCGUCUUCUGACAAAGGUGGGGAUCAAAGGAAGUAACAGAUAAGAGUGAGCGGAUCACACAGCUAGAGCAAGAGAAGUCGGCCCUCAUCAAGCAACUGUUUGAGGCUCGAGCCCGAAGCCAUCAGGAAACCAGCCAGCUGGACUCCACCUUCAUCUAACCCCUGACAAGAGCGCAAACUUCAUGGACAGCGCUUGCCCUCGUGGAGGGCACAGAAUCUUCUCCUAGCCCCUGACCCAACGUAGACACACUCUGGGCACCCUUUGCCCAGAUUCAGCAGACUGCUUCUGCCACGGGCAGAGACUCUGGCAGUCCUCUGACCAUCGAGCAUCCAUCCUAACUAAGGCAGGAGGACUUUCCCAUCCAGGCUCUGGGGAGAAAUAUCUUUUAGGAUAGCUUCCAUAGCCAUCCCUGGCAGGAAGGGAAUUUCCCCCCAGUUAGCCUCAUCUCCCUCUCUCCACUUCCCCCUUCUUCCUUUGGUGAGCAAAGCCCUGAGCUGAACUCGGCUCCCUCCUUCUUGAGUGAACUAGACCAAAUCAUUCCAUUUCCUCUUUUGUAAAAGAAGGGGCGGGACCGAAUAACCUCCUCAUGUCAGUUCUGGUCAGGGCCCUGCACUGAUCCUGGUCUGUUCUCUUCAGGUAGGGGCUGGUUCCCAGAAGAAGAUAAGCUGCUAGGUGUAGCUCUGAGAUGGGUUGGAGUCCCUACCCCAACUAGCCAUUCCUGGGCUAAUAGCCAAGGGCAUGAGGAUGAACAGGAAGGGCCAUUCUCUCCCAGGGAAUGGGAUAUGGUCAACACUCAUCCUCUUUCCCCAGCCACUUGGAGAAGUGUUUACAUUAAAAAUUCUGGAGUCAGGGGCAGCGGGGUAGUUCAGUGGAUGGAGAGUCAGGUCUAGAGAUGGGAGGUCCUAGGUUCAAAUCUGGCCUCAGACACUUCCUAGCUGUGUGACCCUGGGCAAGUCACUUAACCCCCAUUGUCUAGUCCUUACCAUUCUUCUGCCCUGGAACCAAUACACAGUAUUGACUCCAAGAUGGAAGGUUUGGGUUUAUUAAAAAAAAAAAAUUCUGGAGUCUCUUAGGUAAGAAUGGAUUUUAUAUGGUUUAUUUCCCCACCGCCAGGAAUGUGUACAGCUGCUAUCACUCUGAAGUAAAAAGACAAGUCAUCCCAGAUGUUUCUUUAUUCCCUCCCCAGCCACCUCCACAUCUAGGCAUUGAGUCCCAUGGGGAAGGAAGGACUUUCAGCAAACAGCAGGGGGAGUUGGGGGAAUGGGAGGCUCCUUAGAAAUUUGGAGGGUCAUUCUCUCCUUUGCCCCUAGAGGGCAAAAUAGCUAAAGUCUCCAAUAAUCAGAAAGUAUUUAUUAAGCACCUACUAUAUUCCAGGCAGGGCAGCUAGGUGGCAGAAUGGAGUUGAGUUCCAGGUCUGGAGUCAAAAAGAUCUGAAUUCAAAUUUGAUCACACUCAUUAGCUGAGGGACCCUGGGGAAAUCUCUUAGCUCUGUUUGCCUCAGUUUCCUCAUCUAUAAAAUGAGCUGGAGAGGGAAAUCGCAAACCACUUCAGUAUCUUUGCCAAGAAAAUCCUAAAUGGGGUCACAAAGCUGAAAUGGCUAACAACUUAUUCCAGUUAUUAUAUUCUUGGGAUUACAAAGGGCAAAAGACAUGCUUUACUCUCAUGGAGCACACAGUCUAAAAGGGGAAACAAAGAUACAAAACCUAUGGACAAACAAGAUAUGUACAGGAUAAAUUGAAGAGAAACAAGAGGGAAGGCACUACUAAUCUUUUUUUAAACCCUUACCUUCCAUCUUAGAAUCAGUACUGGGUAUUGGUUCUAAGGCAGAAGAGUGGUCAGGGCUACUCAAUGGGGGUUAAAUGAUUUGCCCAGGGUCACACAACUAGGAAAUGACUGAGGUAAAAUUUGAACCAAGGACCUCCCAUUUCUGGGCCUGGCUCUCCAUCCACUGAGCCACCCAGUUGCCCUUGGGCACUACUAAUCUUAUUUGGGGAAGGCUUCUUGUAGAAGAUGGGAUUUUAUCUUGGUCAAAAACCAGGAAGAGGGGGCACCUGGGUGGCUCAGUGGAUGGAGAGUCAGGCCUAGAGACCGGAAGUCCUGGGUUCAAAUGUGACCUCAGGCACUUCCUAGCUGAGUGACCCUGGGCAAGUUACUUGACCCACAUUGCCUAGCCCUUACCACUCUUCUGCCUUAGAACCAAAACAAUAUUGAUUCUAAGGCAAAAGGUAAGGUUUAAAAAAAAAACAAAAACAAGGAAGAGAUCAGCUGGCUCCAUUGCUCCCUCCCUCCCUCCACUAGGCCUGGGAGGUCUCACCUCCCAACUACAGGGUAUAAGGGCAGCCAGGCUUGCUCCCUAAAGGAGGUAGCCCCUUUGCCUAGGCCGUUAUAACCAGGGCUUCCUCCUCCCAGUCCCAUCUCCCUUCUAGUCAAGACUACUUCUUCCUUUGUCCCCUUUCCCCCAGGAUUCUUCCCCCCUCAUCCUGCCCCCUCCACCUUCACCCUCCUUGUUUUCACCCCAAGUCUUGGGGUCUGUUGCCAGAAAACAAAGGGGCCUCAGAGCUGCUCCAUGCAAACAAAUGUCAUUCAGUAACAGAAAUGGCACUUCCUUGGGGAGGGGGGGAAAGGAAGAGUCCCCAUGGACAACAACUCACACUUUAGUAGCACUUUGCUUAAAGGGGCCCAGAGAAGUCCGUUGUACAAGUAUUUUUAGCCUCCUUCAGCCUGUGAGGAAACUUGGACUCCAGGAGAUCCUGAGAGCUCUGGCUAGGAAGUCUGUCAGCCAAAGUAUUGCCUCAAAACCAGAAUGGGAGAUGCCUUGUGGCGUUUGGGGCUAGAGCAUUUCUGGGUCUGUCUCUAGUGGGGAACCCCUCCCUGCCCUUCUGGACAUAGAGGGGGAACCCUUAUCCCUGAAGGCCUUUGCUCUCCCACCCCCAGUGAAGCACUAUUGCAGGGACCUCCAGACCUGAGCUCUGUGACAAGAGGGGGUAGUUGUUAGGGAAACGGGUAUUUAUGGGUUGGGAGAUUUACUGAAAAUUGUCUCGUUUCCAGGGGAACAUCUCCCUUCUCCCUCUCUCCUCACUUAGAAUUGCCAGAUAUAAAUCUGCCCUAAAGAGAUGAGGCGAAAAAGGGGGGCAUGGAAGAUUUGGUCCUAUCCUGAGCCAAGGAGCCCUUUGGAGUCAGAAGAGAUGGGCUUGACUCCUAUACUAGAAGACUUCGGACACGCAGGCUCUCUAGGACUGUUAACCUUGCUGUUAAAUAGGGGUAGGAGUAGAUUGAACCUCUAUAAUUCUAUGACGUUAGCAGUGCAGUUGGAAGGAUUUAAGUUAAAAUAAGACCAAGAUGUCCAGCCAGCCUCUUUCCUACCUUGGACAAAGAGCAGAGGUUAGAGAAAGUAUUUUUCUCCUCCAGUUUUUUCACCAACUGAGGAGGAGGUAAAACCACAAGCCAGUCCCUACCCCCUGGGAGACACAAGAGCAAGAUAAAAUAGCUUAUACCUGUGCAGGGUAAGUGGCACUGGGGGAGCUGCAGAGGGGGCGGCCAGAACUCAUCUCAGGCAGCUCCUGUUCACACAGGUUGGACAGGUUGGGUGCCCGACUGCUUUCUGAGGCUCUCUAGCUAGCCCAGGAUUUGAGUCUAGGGAAGGGGCAAGGCUAACUGGCUCCUUGUUUUCCCUUUCUGACUGAGUGAAUGUGGUGGCUGGUUCAUCCAUAGGUUAAUAUUUACAAGGUCACAGGUUUGAUUGGCUUUACACAGCAGUUAACUUCCUGUUUGCCUUAUCUGGCUCCAUUGCUUGGUCCACAGGCUUAAUGUAUUUUGAUAUUGAUAAAGGGGAACAAGUGAAAGUGUCUCAGUAUUGCUCUUCCCUGUCACUGAGGACAUAGCUCUGAGUUCAUAUCAACUCAGAGUGGGUCAAGAAUUUCAUUUCUAAAUUAGACUUAAGAGUCAAUAGAGAGGGGUAGGUGAGUAGCUCAGUGGAUUGAGAGCCAGGCCUAGAGAUGGGAGGUCCUAGGUUCAAAUCUGGCCUCAGCCACUUCCCAGCUGUGUGACCCUGGGCAAGUCACUUAACCCCCAUUGCCUUGCCUUUACUGCUCUUCUGCCUUGGAACCAAUAAAUGGUAUUGAUUCUAAGAUGGAAGGUAAGGGU